AUGAAUUUGGCGCCGGGGAACUUGCCAAGUUCUCGGACAGUGAUGUUCAACAGGGAGAUAGACGUCCAAAACCUGAAAGAACUACAGGACCUUCCAGAGAAGCGACGUGAAGGUCGAGCGCAAGAAAUCCGGAGUGGUGUGAACUUCUUGCAGAGAGCACCCAGAUUCCCAGCCAAUAGGCGCUGUGUGGACCUUCCCUGGGUCAUUCUUUUUUUUGCUCACCGUGCUUGCACUCAUUGUGUUCAGUGCCACUUCCAUAGACGACCUCCAAAAAACAGUCCGCAGAGCCCGCAGAGCCCAGGGUUUUGGCGUUCCAGGGUGACGUGGAUGGAUAUGAACCAGUGCAGUAUGUGGAUGACGGCUUUGGAGGGUCUCCUGAUCCAUCCUAUGACGCGCCCAUCUCGUCAGGAGAUGGAGCUCCAUUCGAGCGAGAUGGCCCAAACGGGGUUGAGAAUAUUCACCUGUCAAAGUCUCAAGCAAAGCAUCUCAUCCUUGCAGUGUCUUUGGCAGGUAUUGCCGGUGCUUUUGGUGGCUUGA